AUGCAAGUCUUAGGGGUGGAAGAGCCACUUAUGUGCAAAGCUUUUCUUCCUUCUCUAAAGGGACUCGCCCAAAAAUGGUUUUUGGCACUGCCAAGCCGUUCAAUUCGGUGCUUCAUUGAUUUAGCCGACCGAUUCCUUACUCAUUACGCCGUAAACAUCAAGCCGCAGCGUAAUCUUACCCACUUGAGCGGAGUCAGUCAAGAUGAGGGAGAAGCUCUGAAGACGUAUCUGGCUCGUUGGCAAAAGGAGGUACAAACUAUCGAGGGGUUAGACGAGCAAGUGGCUAUCACCUUUUUCAUGGAGUCGCUCCGAGCGGGCAAAUUGUUUAUUGAUCUUCACAAUGAUCGCCCAAAGACGUAUGUGGAGGCUAUCCAAAGAGCCAGUCGCCAGGCAGAUACAGAAGAGGCUGUGAGAGAAAAACGGCAGCGAGAAGCUGCCGGAUCCAGCACUAAGCGAUCACGACCUGAGUCCAGGAGUCGAGCAGAACCUGAGCGCCCUAGUCGCACAGAGGUUCGACGAGGAGCUGAGAGGGUGGGGGCUCCGCCCCCUCGCCUUACCGUGGCCCAACCCGUGCAUGAGGUAAAAGAUACCUUACCUCCCCCUCCGCCUCUGAAACCUGGAGAUCAGCCCGAGAUCUUACCUCCGGGAGGGGCCCCGUCGAAAUACUGUCGAUAUCACCGAUCGACUACACACACCACGGAGGAAUGUUAUUACCUGCACAAAGAAAUAGAGGCCAUGAUACAGAAGGGAGCUCCACCUCCCCCUAAUCAAUGGAGGCGGCAUUCGCGCUCCGAUAAAACAGAUUCGCGCUCCGAUUGA